UUUAUUAUUUAUUAUUUAUAUAUCUAUAAAGUAAAAAGUUGAAAUUAAAUUUUUUGGUCAUUUUAUUUCUUGAGAUCUUUUUUGUGAGAAAUUUUUUUUUAAAAGUUGUUUAAGAAUUGUCUUAAUUGAAAUGAUUUUCUUUCCAUUUUUUUCUACCACCAUUAAUUUUUUACUUUAAAAGUUAAUAACAAUCAAUAGAAUUAUAUACACAAGUAAUGAAAAUCUAAGUAAAAGUAUUUGAUAAAAUUUGUUAAAUCUAGUUAACUUGUAAACUCCUCUCAACUAUUAAAAUCAUCAAAUUCCACAGAAAUUCGUGUUCCAAUAACCCCCAUAAAAGAGGCUCAGGAAAUACUAUUUUUCUUAGAAAUAAAUACCCCCACCAUGCUGAAACCUAAGGAAAAUAAUUUGUUUUGACAUAAUUACAUAAACAUUUGAGUUAUAGUUUUGACAUCCUAAUCUAUACUAACUUAUAUAAUUUAAUUUUGUUCGACUAUAGAUUUCGAUGAUACUAACUGGAUCACAAAAAUUUUAAGCUAACUUUUUUGUUUUCAUAGAGAAGGCCGACCUUUGAGCUUCAAAAUGAUCACCCGUCAAUGAUCACGUAAUUGAUUUAAUCGUUAAUGCAAUGCAAUAACUUCAGAGUUCAUAAGUUAAUUAAACGUCAAUUACCGUUUCGCUCUUCCAUUAUAUAACCAAAGCAACAAAAAACAAUUCUUCACAAAUGUUUACUAGAAACAAAAGCAUGAACAACAUCAAACAGUUUCUCUUAGGCAUUUUUAUUUAUCUUGUUUUAACAUUUCAUGAUCGUGUAUUAGCAAGCAGCACGACCACCAGAGACAUCAUAGUCCCGAAGAUUUCUGACUGGCAAAUCACGGUGGUCAACGGUUUAAUCACCAGUGAAACUCUCUUCGUCCAUUGUAAAUCUAAAGACGACGACUUAGGCGAACAAAAUCUGCAUCUGGGAGAUAGAUUUUCUUGGAAUUUUGGAGAAAAUAUGCUUCACUCAACGUUAUUUUGGUGCUACUUGAGUAAAGAUGAUGGUCAUAUGAAUGUGAAAGUGUUUUGGGAUGAUGUAAUCUUGUUUCAUAGAUGCGGUUGGGAAAAAUGCGUUUGGACCGCUAAAACUGAUGGGCUUUAUCUUUGGAACUCUGCUAUUGGUGAAGACUUAUUACUAGAGAAAUGGGAAACUGGGUGGUGAAGAAAUUUCUCUUGCUAAUUGUAUGAUUAUAAAUUAAUCUUGUUGUUUUAUGCAUAAACAAAUACUAAUUCAUAAUAGCUUUCAUAAAUCUCCAUGUUUCACUUUUAAACUUUUCCACUAAUAAUAAAA